UUCCAGUCGGUUGUCUCGGUAACCCGGAAGCGUCCAUAUCAAAGCAUUCUUCCUGUUAUGUAAAUUUGAAGAAAGCAAGGAAUUCUAGCUUGAUAUUUAUUUGGAAAUUCGCCUGUAGUGAUGUGAGACACCAGAGCAGAAGAUCCAUGCAUACUCGACCCUGUGCUUUUAAAUUGUUCAUUUUGUGGAUAAUCAUGGCCCACAUUUCCGGCCAAGAGGACAAGGAGAAAACCACAGCACUGAAAGACUUGUUGUCCAGGAUCGACUUAGACGAACUCAUGAAGAAGGACGAACCUCCACUUAAUUUCCCCAAGACGCUUGAAGAGUUCCAGUACGCCUUCAAUGAACAGGGCCAAUUGAGGCACACCAAGACUGGGGAACCGUUUGUUUUCAACGCCCGGGAGGAUCUCCACAGGUGGAACCAGAAACGAUAUGAGGCGCUAGGAGAGAUCAUCACGCAGUAUGUUUACCAACUGUUGGAGACGAAGUGCAACAUGACGAAGGAAAUUGUGCCAGUGGAUGCGUCGGAGGAGGAGCCUAAGAGUUUCAUCUACCUGAGCGCGGACGCCAUGUCCAACCCGUCCAAGCUGCUGGUGCUCAUCCACGGGGACGGGGUGGUCCGGGCCGGCCAGUGGGCCAGGCGCCUCAUCAUUAACCAGGACCUGGACUCCGGGUCCCAAAUCCCCUUCAUCACACGCGCCAAGGAGGAGGGCUACGGUGUGAUGGUCCUCAACCCCAACCAGAACCACCUGGAGCAGGCCAAGCCCAUCCCUCUGCCCUCCCCCGAGGCCUCGGAUGAACCCGCCCAAAAGAGAGAGCGCAAGGACGACCGGGAGAGCAAGAAGAAGAGGGACUUCUAUGAGAAGUACCGCAACCCCCAGAAGGAGGGAGAGACUGAACUGAUUCCGAUACGGGAAAACUCUUCGUCCGAGGAACAUGUGCAGUAUGUGUGGGACCACUUCGUGUCCAAGGCUGCCGCCAGAAACGUCUUCAUCAUCGCGCACAGCUACGGAGGGCUGUCGUUUGUCAAUCUGAUGAAACACAGAGAGGCCGAAGUGAAGAGCAGGGUCUGUGCUGUGGCCAUGACUGACUCCGUCCACAAUAUCUGGCACCAGGAGGUUAACAAGAGUGUCCAGGAGUGGCUACAUCAGCACUGCCGUAACUGGGUGUCAAGCCCCGAGCCCCUGGACACUCCGGUGGAACCCAUGCUAACAGACUGCCCUCGCGUAUCUGCAGGCACGGAGCGACACGAGCUGACAUCGUGGAGGAGUUUCAACUCCAUCUUCCAGUUCUUCAGCGAGGCGCGGCUGGCCGGGGAGAAGUACGAGGAGGAGUCUUCCAGCGCGGUCACCACCCGCAGCUCUCACCGAACCAAACACAAGCAAGACCACGACGACUUGUAGAACUACACCGACCGGAGGAAUACACACGGGGAGAGCCGAAUCCUCUCCACCCCCACCCCCCCUUUCUCUCUCCCUGUAUCUAGUGUCUCUAUGAUCUCCCCCUUCCAGCUGAACCUCCCUUCCAGCUGAACCUCCCUUGCAGCUGAACCUCCCAGCUCUAACAUGCAUUGUGUAACUGUCAGAGGGCAGGGUGGCAGUGGUGUGUACACUGCCAUUGAGUUUCUGCGUUAUUUCUAGACUAGUGCUACUGUCAGAGCAAUAUGGGCCAAGUGUCUGCGCUUCCCGUGGGCUUGCGGCCUGGCUGCAGUCCGGGCCCAGGAACGGCGGCUGAGAUGAGGGCCGACGAGUGCUUUGCACAGCGCGACUCGUUGUACCUCUAAUUGUCCUGACGCGGCCCCCGAGCUGAGCUAAUGCCCUGGCUGCCCUCGCUCCCGGUCCCAGGGCCCGCCCUCACUCCUCCACAACCCACCAGGCUCGCACACUUCACGUGUCUCCCGCCAUCCGACCCCAAUGCAAACAUUCGUUUUAGCAGAAGUAAACAUUAACCUGAGAUCACCUUUUUUAACUAAAAUCAGUGUGUUGUUUUAAUGGUUCUUAAGUCUCUUCUCGUGUCAUCCAUCCCCCUGUCGCGCACACACUCACACACACACACACACAAACGAUUAAAAAAACAUCAAUAACAUUUACUGGGAAGUGUGGUCAAACUGAUGUGACCAAACUUUGGAGGGUUGCAUUGCACUAUUUCAGACAGCUGAUAUACACCUUGUUUUAUUCUGCUUUGUUUUUAAUAUUAUGGUACUAAAUGUUUGGCUGGAUUUUAUGCACUCUUAUAACUUGGAUUUGAUUUUGUAUAGGACCAAAUGAAUUUCCAGAGCGAUAAAUGUUGAUGUGAGGGAGGUUGUCUAUGAUUUUUUUUAUUUGUAAAAAUGACUUUUUACUGUGCUUUUUUGCUAUCUGAUAUCCAUGAAAUUGAUGUCCCCAGAUGAUUGAAUUUGAUGAAACAAAUAAAACCCUAACCUGUGCAAGAUAUGAAGAAUUUAAGACACUGAACAGAUUUCAAAUGGCAUAAAGCCCUGCUUGAAAAUGAGUUUUAAGGAUAUCUCAUUUUAACAGAAACAAAAAGUCAGUUCCACCGUCAUAGAAACUUACAAAUAUCCCCUUGCAAGUGUCAGGAAAUCCAGCAUUACGAUACCAUCUUAAACCUAGAUGAUGGAGGAUAUUUUUUGCAAAAGUUAUUUGAUUGGAUUAAAUUUGUAUUUAACAAAAAAUUGGAUUAUGAUCCUCUGGAUAGGGAUAAGGAUUUGGUAAUCCCUGUUGGUGUCUGUUGAUAUGAGGACCUUGUCCCUGGCAGGCCUAUCAGGAUUUGGUCAUCCAGUCUGACCUUUAAUCAGGGAUUCUAAGUUGUUUUGCAUUUUUCUGAACUCAAAAGGCCAGUGAGUAGGAAUGUUUUUAUUCCAAAAAAAAUCUGGAUUAUCUUGAUCUCACUAGAAUGGUGGAUUCCGGGUGGAUUUAGACAGGUGAAAGGCACUACAAGUAAAGCCAGUGUAAUGAAGGUGGAGGUUUAAAAAAUGUAAUUGUUAAAAGGAUUGCAUGUAUAGGUGAGUUGAUAUAUGGAUAAGUCAAAUAAAUGAUUCAACAUAUAAGGACCUCGAAGUACUUGCAGGCUAUUUUAUCUUUAUUUUUAAGGUACCUUUUAUUCAUGUAGUUGACUCAUUUAUGUUUCCUUAUUACAGUGUAAAAGUAGUACCUCAACCUGCCCACAAGGUCAGAAGAUCUAGGCCAGUGAAAAGCAAUGUAAAAACGGAUUAUAUGAUAUUCAUAUUGUGUUAAUCAAUCCUAUUCAAUUAUUUUCUGAAAUAAAUGUUUCGGAAAAUAAACAGAUUCAGAUGAUUUUGGAUAGCAGAAAAUAUGAUUAAAGAUUCUGGCUAAUUCUGAUCCAUUUUCUUUUUGUGUUUAAAACCUAGCAUUCUUAUUGGCUAAACAACAUAAUCUGAAAACUCUCCCAGUAGAUGGCAAUAUAGGCGCCGAUUCAUUUAACAAAAUCUGAAUUCUGAGAUUUGUAUAUUGUUGUAUCUGGAUCAGAAUGAAUCUAUCCGAUUUGUGUAUCCUUUUUUUAACUUACUCAAAACCGACAGAUUAAUCUGAUCCUGGAAAGCAAAAACAAUCAGUCUAUCUCAUUCUGAUUUAAAAAAUAAAUAAAAACAUUGACUUUGGAAGAACUGUAUGAUCUAUUUACCAAACACCUGAAGUGCAAACUUAAAAGUGACAAAUAAGACAGCCUUGAUUCAGCCUUGCAUAAUCACGGUCUGCUGGGACAUAAACAAAAUAAAUAUAAAUACCAAUAUUUCCACGACAAAAAUCACUCAAACGUUUAAUAGUAUAUCCUUCUAAUAUGCCUGCAUAUUUGUCUAGACGAGACAGAGAUUGUGAUCCACCUCCCAAACCAUCCCCUGUCUAUCUACCCGUAAUUUUUUUCACGACUGUAUUUCUCGAGAGGUACUGUAUGUGUAAGUACUCAUUGUAAACAUUUCACUUUUUAAUUAUGGCUUCUGUUGAUUAUUAAACAUUUCCAUUGCUUUGUCGGUAAUAAGAGAGCAGCCUGGGCUACAGUUUUCAUAUUGUAAUUUUUUAUUAUUAUUAUGUGUCUUUGAAUGUCACUCUUGAAGUUUACUCGUUGGAUAUGGGGAAUAUGUAGUUUAACAGAGGCGUUUCAUAUCAGGAUAGGCUACUGUCGUGUGUUCCCAUCGCGGGAAAGGAAAAAACAGUUGCCAUUUUAGUAUUUUAGGUGUAGAUUGUUGCCUUAGGAAGACAUUGUUCACUGGUAUUUUUUAAUGAAGACCAAAGCCAUAUAUGAAUGGAUCAAAAGUAAUGAAGGUAGCCUUAAACCAAAUCUAAAGCACAGUUGAUAUGUAAAUUGAGAGUAAUUUUAACAAUUGAUCUUUAAUAUACUAUUGUUUUAGAUUGAAUGCGUUGUAUUGAUCAGAUGUCAUACUAUCAAAAACACCCAUAUUUUGUUUUUCGAAUACAUUUUGUACGUUUUGUACAUAAUAUAUCAUCCAAUCUGUUCUUUUCCAAAACGAUUGUUUAUUAAAAUGAUCACUGUGUAAUCAACUUUAAUCAUCCACACAUUAUCAUAUGUACUCCAUGCACCAUUGAUUUGAACUUCUUGUGUAUUAUGUGACUUGGUGAAAAUGAAUAAAGUGUUUAUGGAGUUUACCCAA